GUUUAUAAACAAAGGUAGUACUGUAUCUUUUGAACAAUAAAUUAUAGGCCGUAUUAAAGACGUAAUCAUAAUUGGAAUUUCCCACAUUUAACAUCGGGCAUGCGCAUUUGCGCGGUAGUACGUCACGACAGUACUAAACAAAAUGGCAUCCGUAAUAAAGCGCGUUCGUACUUGUAUAUGAUAUACAUAGACCUGCAAAAUUAAAGAAAAAUGGAAAGUACCCUUGAGAGCCCUGCGGAAUGCAAUAACACCCUAAGUAUCGCUAAUUUCAACACAAACCCUUGGACAUCGACACCAAAUGGGACGAACAGAAAUCAAACCUAUUUGUUUAUCGCUGUGGAAUACGUUAAGGAUACGGAUGAAUAUAAGAUUUCCACAGAGGACUUCGCAACCCGAACGACAACGACAAUUACCGACUUCCAAGAUCAUGUAAGUCCGUUGGAUCCCAAUAUGAGCUCGGCAGCGUGUUACAGUCCAUCGGCGAACGAUCCCGACAUUGCGUAUAACAACUCUGUUGUUGUACCACAACUAAUCACCUCCAAUACCAACCAACCAUUACUCAAUGCGAGUCGUGAUUCGUUCAUCAAUCAGCUAGUCGAACCAAACGCACCACUAGAACACAUACCGAACCUAACGAAUUCGGAAACGAACCUUCUGAAAGAAGUUGUCAGCAAUAGAUAUCUAUUAAACCAAGAGCCCACAACGAAUCCUCCGAAUCCGGGUGUUCUGCAGUUGGUGUCCGAUCGGAAUCCCGAACAAGAAGUGGAACUGUUAAUUACCGACCAAACAACCGGCAUAUCGUAUAACGUCAGCACUCAGGAGUACUUAGUCGAACGAUGCUUGGCCGACGAGCAACACCUAUUAGAUGCUCUAGCCCCCGAUCCCCUACUGGAUCCCGACCUUUUAACAUUGGACGUCUCCACUUUAAAGUCACAACUGCCCGAUAUCGUCGAGGCGGCUGAACUCAUCUCCAACUCGGUGAUACAGCAGAACUUGACCGAUUUAGAAAUUAAAACUGAGGACUUCGAGGAGAAGGAGAAUGAGAAUCUGCGGAGAUCGCUUAGGCAGCACGAUCUGAAGUUGAACGAGAAGGAAGAGGGUAUCUUAUUGAACAAAAUUCGUACAAUAAGCGACAAACCUGUGGAGUCGCGUGCGAAAGCAACACUGCCGGCCCAUUACUUGGCAAUCAUUAAAAACGAUAAGGGGGGAUACGGCGUGUUCGCCCAGAAGUUGAUCCCGAAGCAGACACAGUUCGGUCCGCUCGAGGGGCUUGUGGUGGUUAACGACUGUCAGCCCGAUAGCGAGGGUUUUCACUUGCUGGUGGAGUCUGACAAUGGAACGGUCCAUCGUUUGGAUGUUUCGGACGAUCGUGUUGCUAAUUGGAUGUGUUACGUGAGACGAGCCGAAACUUACAUGGAACAGAAUGUAGUCGUCGUUCAACGGGGUAGUUCUCUGUUUUAUAAUACUGUGACGAAUAUAUUGCCGAAACAGGAACUGUUGGUGGGGUACAGUUCGGAGUACGCAAAAAAACACUCCCUUCCACUUCUGCAACCGAUCGCCUGGAAAGAAAACGACUGGCCUUGCUUUGAAUGCGACAAGCAGUUUGCGUCGUCGAUAGAAUUGCAGGCGCAUCUGGACAAGCACGACGAGGUUAAAAGGGAUUUGGCCCCGAAGGCGAAGAAGAAAAUAUUCAAAAGCAAGCGCAAAAAAUUUAAGAAGAAAUUCCAUAAGCAGGUGCUCCAGUGCAACUCUUGCAAGGAGGUUUUUAUGAAUCCUAAAUUUGUGGUACUAAAAAAGCAUUUGUUGACGCACGGGUUGGAAUCUCGUUUCGAUUUUGAGGAAAAGUUUACAGUUGUCAAUUGUCACUGUUUAAAGUGCGAUACGUUCUGCGAAUCCUUUUCCCUACUGAAAGCUUACAGUUUGCAGCAUCGCAUCAACUCCGAUAACAAUCGAUCGAUCUGUGUUGAAUGUAAUAAGGAAUUUCCAAGUAAAGAAGAACUUAAUAAGCACAGCUGUGAAUCGGUGGAGAAGUCGCCGACCAGCAAGAAUGGCUGUAAAUGUCCCGUCUGUUAUAAAGUGUUUGCAUCACAGGAGCGAAUUCAGCGCCACAUGUUGGUACACGGAUCGGAGGAGUCGAAGCCUUUAAAAUGUGACACCUGCAAUAAGAGAUUUUUGAACAACUCCGCCCUCGCCUGCCACUUGAAGACGCACAGUGUAGGUAAGCGAAUGUUCGAGUGUCCGAUGUGCAACGAAAGUUUUCAACACGUCCUACAACUAAAAGUGCACGUUCCAUUGCACUGCAUCGACGGCAAGUACACCUGCCCACACUGCAAGAAAAUUUUCAAGGAGUACAGCAUCAUCAGAAAGCACAUUCGCGCGUUUCACUGUGAACGCAAGCACAACUGUCCGCAAUGCAAUAAGCCGUUUCCGACGCUCGACAAGCUACGCAUGCACCUGCUGCGCCAUUCCGACCAUCGAGAGUUUCUCUGUGCCGAUUGCGGUAAGCAGUUUAAGCGCAAGGAUAAACUGAAGGAGCACACCAAGCGAAUGCAUUCGGAGGAACGCGAGAACACGGUUCCGAAGGCCUCGAAACUUGCGAUACAGAAUAGCAAGAGGUUUACGCCCAAAGUGCAACCGACCGACUAUCAUCGAUUUAUUUACAAGUGCCACGCUUGUCUCGUCGGAUUCAAACGGAGAGGCAUGUUGGUCAAUCACCUGGCAAAACGUCAUCCGGACAUCAGCCCAGAUUCCGUUCCAGAACUUAAUCUUCCGAUUUUACGAACGACGCGCGACUACUACUGCCAAUACUGCGAUAAAAUCUACAAGAGCAGCUCGAAGCGAAAGGCGCACAUAUUGAAGAACCAUCCCGGUCAGGCGUUACCCAUGAGCAACCGAAGGCAGGGUUCAUUUCCGGAGGUCGCCGGUCUGCCGAACCCGACCUUCUCGCAGACGGUCGGGAGCAUUACGACGCACCCACAAGCUUGUCAGUGGUGUCAUAAGCAGUACGCGAGCAAGGCGAAGUUGCUGCAGCAUCAGCGCAAGAAGCAUUCCGAGCUGCUCGAAAGUCGAAAUCCGGCCGACGGUAGCUUGAACGACCAGAAUGUUAGGGAGGACCAGCUUGGUAUCGAUCAGCAGGCUUUUCAUCGUGAGGUUUCAGACGAGGACCUGCUCGCUGAAGUAGUAUCAUUGAACAAUAAUAGAGACGAUGAUCAAUACUACCAUAUAAUUUCAUUGCCAUCUAGCGGCGGCGCAAUUUUCAAUCACGCAGCCGAUAGUAAUCACACAUCCGAUUCGCGCUUAUACCGUUUGCUGACCACUGGAAAUGGUCAUUUACCUCCACGUUGAACAGAAUCAUUGUAAAAGUGGAGACAUUUUGGUGCUCAUUAAGAGCUUGUUACACUCAAAUCGAGUGAUUUGGCAAAGAGGCAAUCUCCGACGUGGAUUGAAACCUACGUUUCACCAAUGCACGAACAUGUUUGGGCAUGUGUCGCUGUAUGAGAUUUAAAAAAAAAACAUAAGGGGAACAGCUUUGGGUUAAUUCGUGGCUGUAGCCGUUGUAUUAGUAUCACAGAUUAUGGUAGGAUUUGAGAUUUGUAACUUUUUUGGCAGCUUCCUAAUUGUUGGUAAAUGUUGAAACGUUUCUCAUCUUCAACAGUUGUUUAAUUUUCGACGCUUGUCUCUCUACUUUUUAACCGGAAUCUUUGGUGGCGCCGACAGUCUUGUGAUUUAUUUCUCGGUUAAAAACAGACGGAUUUACUAUUUUUGUAUUAAUUGUGAAUUUGGGAAAGUCGCAAAAGUGCUUUAGUUUCUUAUAUUGGGUGUGAUCCUUUUAGUUGAUCGAUUUUAUGUGUUUUUAAUUCGUGACUAGCGAUGUACAUAUCACGAUAGUUCAUUGAAAUUCAUUUUUAUGUAUCAAAAUGUAAAAAAAAUUAAUGGUAUCUUUCACGCUUCGCCAAGUGGAGAAAGGCAGUGACAACUUAUUUCAAUUUUUGGAAAAAACAGUACGAUAAGUAUUGCGCUAAAAACAGUAUUUGUUGAUACACAAACGUACUAACUUAACAAUUGUAAAGUGGUUGCUUAGAAUAAAUAAAGAUCCUCUAUUUAACGUUAAAUUUA